AUGAUGGGGCCUGAAGCAAGAAGAGGAGAAAGGCCCACCUAUAGGAAGCCAUAUCCGGCUUAUAUCGAUCAAAUACCUCUAUCCCCGGGUUUUAAGGUGCCAAACUUCACCUUAUUCAACGGAGAGGAUCCCCAUGCUUCAUCAAUUGAGCACAUAGGCAGGUUCUCUGUCCAGUGCAUAGCCAUAGAGAACAAUCCUCUUUUGAAGUUGAGGCUUUUCGGGAAUUCUCUCUCUGGACAAGCUUUUACUUGGUACACCAACCUGCCAGCUAAUUCUGUUCAAACCUGGGAGCAGAUGGAAAAUGUUUUCCACGACUAUUAUUACAGGAUUCAGCCAGAAGUCACCAUCAGUGACCUUGCUGCCCUCAAACAGAGUGAAGAUGAACCUGCUCAAGACUUCAUAACCAGGUUCAGGAAGCUCAAAAUGAAGUGCCGAAUCCUUAUGGAAGAAAGACACUUCAUCCAGAUGGCUCAAGCUGCCCUCAAGAUCUCUCUAAGAAAAAAAGAUUUGAUAGGAUGCUGUUUGGAGACCUGGCAGAACUGGCAGAUAAAGCAUCCAAGUAUGAGGAACUUAUCCAAAGGCACGUAUUACAAGUCACCUUCCUCUUCAAUACAUCUGGUUCAGGUAGAAUCAGAAGAGGAAGCAGAAUGCUCAGAGGAGGGAGAAGUUGCAGUAGCAGAAAUGGCAAAAUUGAAACAUCCCAUCAGCUGCAAGGCCCUUACUAAGCCACCAAAGGAUCAAAAGUCGCCACCAUUCACAUGA